CCCCAUUUUCGGCCCCGAAACUCCCACGCCAGUUUCUCCGUCUCCGACAAAAUAUUCGAUUUCGGCCUUCCUGAGUCGAAGUGCUGAGAAUCGCUUCAUUUUCGCGUUCGGCUUCAGUCUGAAGAAGGCUGCUGAGUUUUCAGCGUUUCGAUGCGGAAUUCUAGUCGGGGCGGGAAGGUUUAUGCAGACGUUGAGUCCAAGCCCUACGACAUGUGGAAGUCGGUGCCGAAAAACGAUGUCGGUUUGCGAGAGGGUGACUCGGAGAUUUCUGUGCCGUGGUGGGAAGAGUUCCCGAAACGAUGGGUUAUAGUGAUCUUAUGUUUCUCCGCUUUUCUUCUCUGCAAUAUGGAUAGAAUUGCUGGUGGCAUAUGGGCUGACACGGUUGGUGGGAAGCUGGUUUUGGCAUUUGGCGAAGUUUGGUGGUCCAUUGCUACAGUUCUGACCCCUAUUGCCGCAAAAGUUGGGUUGCCUCUUCUCCUUGUCGUUCGUGCUUUCAUGGGCAUUGGUGAGGGUGUUGCUAUGCCUGCCAUGAAUAAUAUUCCGUCCAAAUGGGUUCCUGUAUCUGAGAGGAGUAGAUCAUUAGCCCUGGUUUACAGUGGCAUGUACCUUGGAUCAGUUACUGGCCUGGCUUUCUCUCCAUUCUUAAUACAUCAAUUUGGAUGGCCAUCAGUAUUUUACUCCUUUGGUUCUCUAGGGACAGUUUGGUUUGCUGCAUGGUUAAAUAAGUCGUACAGUUCACCUCUUGAAGAUCCUCAGCUUCGGCCAGAAGAAAAACAGCUGAUUGUUGCGAACAGUGUUUCCAAGGAACCUGUCAAAACAAUACCUUGGGGAUUAAUCUUGUCGAAAGCACCUGUAUGGGCCCUAAUAGUCUCUCACUUCUGUCACAAUUGGGGUACAUUUAUUCUUCAGAUAUGGAUGCCAACAUAUUAUAACCAAAAUCUGGGCUUUUCUGUGUUUUGCCCUGGCUUACAAUGGCAUUUUCUGCAAAUUUUGGAGGUGGAUUGCUGAUACACUGGUGAGCAAAGGUUUAUCUGUGAAAACAGUUCGCAAGAUCAUGCAAACAAUUUGGCCCUGCCUUUUUCCUAACUCAGUUGAGCCAUGUUGAUUCUCCUGCAAUGGCUGUACUGUGCAUGGCAUGCAGUCAGGUUUGCUUCUUACAGUAAAACAUUAUUCCAAAAAAAAAAAAAAAAUCCACUUCAGUUCUUGCUUGGAAUGUAAAGUUUUUGUUCUAAAAUGAGCUUGAAUUUAAUUGUAUUUUGUGUACUUUUUUUAGUGUUUCACAGUAUUUGCUCCCUCUACUGUUUUGUAAGUUUUAUGCAAGUGACUUCACUGGAUACAUAUUUAAUUGGUCCCAACUUUGUAAAGGAAACUUCUACUUUGAAAUUUCUUUCUUCCUUUUUUAUGGAGACUGGUAUCUACACAUAAAUAGUAUGGAGACUGGGGGUUACAUUGCUUGAAUUAUUGCUCAUCAAUAAUCCAUCACAGGCUCUCUUUCAAAUGGGAGUUUUGCUUGGUCUAUCCAAUACUGCUGGAGUACUGGCAGGGGUGUUUGGAACAGCAGCUACCAGUUACAUCUUGCAACAUGGUAAAAACUUAUCCUUGCAUUCAUUAGAGUAAGCUACAUACUUCACUUAAAUGUUGAAGUUGGCAAAGCUGCUUCUAGCUCAUUUAUCCUCACUUUGAAUGUGGGUCAUUUCUAUUUGAGCUCAACCUGAAGGUAUGCGGUUCAAUUCAAGUUUACUUUGGUGUGAUAUGGUAUAAGUGAGUCAAGUCAUAUUGAAAUGGCACAAUACAUUGGUGUAGUUUACUGGUUAAACUCUGAUUUGGCCUUCGAGGAUCAACCUCUUUCUUUGCAGUAGUUACAUAUAUUAAUUGUUUGCUAUCACCGACUCUUGGAAACAGAGGUUUAUGUAUUCAAUCUUGAAAUAAACUUAGGCAAAAAAAAAAAAAAAAA